AUGUCAUCUGGGCUAGCCUAUCGCCUGGAGGAGCCCGGCAGAAACGUCCUCAAUCUUUACUCGGUCCCAAGGGCGCCUUUCCGACGCGCAGUAAAACGUUAUCGAAGAGAAAUCCUGGAGCACCAACAGGCCCAACGGCAAGAGCAGCCAUGCAACCAGCCGCCUGCUUCAUCUUCUCCCCGAAAGCAGCAGCAGCAACAGCAGCAGCAGCAGCAAGAAUCAUCAUGGAUCCUCCUACCGCUAGAGAUCAUCCGAAUGAUCCUGCUUGACCUAGACAUGCUGAGCCUCAGCCAUCUUCGGUCCGUCAACAAGACCACCAAACAGCUAAUCGACUCCCUGCCAGAAUACCACCUUCUCCACACGCAUGCAGCCGACACCCUCCGACUACUGGAUCUCACCCAGUGCACCCACCAUUUCUCGCUGGGGCAGCUCUACCGGGAACUCCGGCACCCGCGGUGCCGCACCUGCGGCGACUUCGGCCCCUUCCUGUACAUCCCGACCUGCUCCCGCUCGUGCUUCGCCUGCAACCGCACCCACCGGCAGUACUGCAUGGCCCCGAUCGAGGCCGUGUUCCAGAGGUACGGCCUCUCGCUCGACAACGAUUGGCACCGUCUGCCCGUCAUCCGGACCCUCGAUUUCACCGGGUGGGCCUACCAGGAGACGAUGCUGGUCAGCAUGGCCCAGGCCAAAGCCCUGGCCCUGCAGCUGGAUACCCCCCGGGCGCGACGCUGGCGAGCCCGCCGAAGGCGCGACCGCAGCCGGACACCCUCCCCAUCGAGAUACUCGGAGUACUGGGGCUCUCCAUGGCGGCUUCCGGCGACGGUGGCGUUCCCAUACUACGACCCGGUCGCUCGGUCGGUCGAGACGGGGGUGUACUGCUUGGGGUGUCUCAAGUACUGGGAGAACACCAAGCCGGCGACGCAGAAGGACGACGUGUCUGGCGUCUCAACCGCGUGGAAGGACUACAACGAAGCAUGGGGGACGGCUCGCACUCCCGGGAGUAAAGAUAUCGAUCGGGCGUUCUUGGUUCAGGAUAUGCCGGAGCACUUCCGCCACUGUCCGGAUGUCUCGCGGAGCCGAAGGCGCGGGAAGAUUGCGCGGAGGUUUGGGUGGCCUGUUGGCACGACCUUUCGCAUAAGUGCUGAGAGUGAGGCGGUUGUGAGGCGGUCGAACCGACUGAAGAAGUAG